CCCGCCGUGAGGGGCGGGCGGUCCCGCUGCCGCCUUUGAAGGGACCCAGGGGCGGACCCUCCUCUGUGUUCCUUCUCCUUCCUUCCUUCCUUCCAUCCAUCCUCCGACCGCGCCGGGGGAAAGCCCAGACAGGGGUUAAAAUGAAUGAAGAUCUGAAGGUUAAUUUGAGCUGGCUGCCUCAGGAUCAUGUAGAAGCCAGCUCUACCGAGAAUGCCUCAGCCGCAGGCUCCUCCCUGGUUCCUGUCGUAGACCCAGAGCCCGAGCUUUUGGUAAACCCCUGGGACAUUGUCUUGUGUACUUCAGGGACCCUUAUCUCCUGCGAAAAUGCCAUUGUGGUUCUUAUAAUUUUCCAUAAUCCCAGUCUUCGUGCUCCCAUGUUCCUCCUGAUAGGCAGCCUGGCGCUGGCAGAUCUCUUAGCGGGCAUUGGAUUGAUCAUCAAUUUCGUUUUUGCAUACCUUCUGCAAUCAGAAGCUACGAAACUGGUUACGAUUGGACUGAUUGUUGCCUCUUUCUCAGCAUCUGUCGGCAGCUUGCUGGCUAUUACUGUUGAUCGUUACCUCUCCCUGUAUUACGCUUUGACUUACAAUUCGGAGAGGACUGUCACUUUUACCUAUGUCAUGCUUAUAUUGCUCUGGGGAGCAUCUAUCUGUGUUGGACUGCUGCCUGUAAUGGGCUGGAACUGCCUCAGAGAUGAAUCCACCUGCAGUGUUAUCAGACCACUCACUAAAAAUAAUGCAGCAGUCCUUUCGGUCUCUUUCUUGCUUAUGUUUGCCCUCAUGCUGCAGCUCUACAUUCAAAUCUGUAAAAUCGUGAUGCGCCAUGCCCAUCAGAUUGCCUUGCAACACCAUUUCCUGGCCACUUCCCACUAUGUGACCACCCGAAAAGGAGUGUCUACUUUGGCCAUUAUUUUGGGGACUUUUGCUGCUUGCUGGAUGCCUUUUACACUCUAUUCUUUAAUAGCAGAUUACACCUAUCCUUCUAUAUACACCUAUGCCACCCUCCUGCCAGCUACCUACAAUUCCAUCAUCAAUCCUGUAAUAUAUGCUUUUAGAAACCAGGAGAUACAGAAAGCACUUUGGCUCAUCUGUUGUGGCUGUAUUCCUUCUAACCUGUCUCAGAGAGCAAGAUCACCCAGUGAUGUCUGAUUGGCAGCUAGGAGGACGUUCCUUAACGUGUUACUUCCCAGCCAUUCUUACGACACUGUCUUUGGUUUAGAUGCAUUCAUUAAAUGGUGUGUAAUGGGUUCAUAUAAAAGCCACAGGAUGCACAAACCUUUUUGUAAACAGAAAACCCCAGUGACCAGAAUGAAUCGAGUGGUUUAAGGGAGACUUCCAAAAUCAAAAUAAUCAGUGUUACAGAUUUUUAAUGUUACUCAGGGUCUUUUUGUUACACUACCCAGACUUUGCCAUGAUUUUACAUUGUUUGCUAAUUAAAAUUAGAUUGAAGCAGCAUACCUUCUUUGAAAUUAUUUAUGUGAUUGAGUUCAGUCAUACUGCAUGUUACAGUCUGUUGUCAGUGGUUUUUUUUCCCCCUAAUUAGUUUUAAAACAGGAAAAAAAUAAAAAAGGAAAACCUGUGUCCUGUUACCCCAUUUGUAUAUCAUCAGAAUACUCUUCAAAAUAAUGGCCAAUUUUAGCAAUUUAUGUGGUAUUUAUUGUAAUAAUCUCAGUGCAACAAAUUUGCUCUAAGAGAGGAAGUACUUGUAUAGCUUUUUAUUUUACGUCUCAGCAUGAAUUAGCUUGAUAAUUGUUUUAAAGUGUUACCUGUUCUCUCCUGAGUUCUGGCAGGAUGUUAAAACAGAAGAUAUACUUUGCCUUCCUUUUCAAGUCAGCCAUAUGUUUUCACUUAGAUAUGGGACAUCAGAGCUCAUUAUUCAUUUUAAAAAAGAAUUCAGUGGGGAGUUUUGAAAUUGAUGAAACAAUAUUGCCUCUUUUGGCUAUGCGUUUGUAAUAGAUGCAACACUAACUUUCUCAGACAAGUUUAUCUUUUCAGAAGUGUAUAAGAAGAUAUCUAAUAAAAUAACCUACAAAUUACUUGCAAGACGUAUUUAGCAUCUAAGUGAAAUGGUUCCCCUUAAGUUUGUUAUCAAGUCAAAACUAUUGCCACUUGUUUUCAUUGUUCUGCUAUAUACUUAAAAUACUGAAGUUUAUAAAUUCUCAGAGCAGAUCUGGUUCAUAAUUGUAUGCAACCAGAACUGCAACAUGAAAUAAUGUUUUCUUCUUUUCUGGCAGUUUCAUCCAUUACAGAUUGUGAUUCUUCGCACUGUAUGUGUGUCAGUUCACUUCAUUAUAGGUUGUUAGUUGUGGUCAAAAAAUGCAGAGCUUUUCAAACCACUUCUCACCUUUUACUGAAGCCGCAUUAGAAUGCACUGGAAAUAAACAUUGUUUUCCAAUUUGAAGACUUGAUUGUCAGGGAGAAAAUCUUCCUGGCAGGUGUCUUCGUGAAACUUAAGGUGUGCCCUACUGUCAGUGCAUGGGAGUUGACAGAACCACUUCCUUUAGUGUUGAUGGGAACUCCAUGUGUGAAUGCCCUUGCAUCAGUAGGAUGCUAUAUUCCCUUGAAGGUCAAAGUCAGUAUACUGUAUUGUUGCUUCAAUAUCUUCCAUUACAGUUUUAAAAAAAACCCAACAAACUCAAGUGUAAAAACAGCAAUAUCUACAGUUCAAUGAAAAAAUAUACCUGUAUAGUAUAGAAAGUAGAGACAACCAUGUUGCUGGUCUGGAUUUUUCCAGAUGGAAUCUGUCCUUUUCACAUGGAUGUUUGGGUGACUGUAGCUUUUUGUGGCAAAGUUUCUGUGACGUUAAGAAUCAUACGCUAUACACAAAGCUGAAUCUCAAAUGUGAAUAAGUUGUCUGUAAACAAGGCUCUGUAGAGAUUUCUAUGAGCAAUAAUUAAUUUUAGUUGCAAUGCUGGGUUCAAAUUCCAUUAUUUCCUUGGUUCAGUCUUCAUGAUAUUUGGCUCUUACUUUGUAAUCUGAUUAGUUUAAUAAUUGCAUGGCAUGGACCAGUAGAGCUGUGAACUUGCAGCUCCCUUGGCUUCACUGCAAUUUACAGAUGCUCAGCACAGUUAGACUAUGACCCCUGCUCAGUGUAGGAUAUCGGUGUUCUGUAUCUACUUCUGAAUGCUAAUGAAACUCUAGUCAUUGCCUUGUACCUAUUUUGUUAUGAAUUUUUGUAUAAGAAAUAAUCACUUCAUAAAUAUCCAUGCUAUGUAUGCGUGCAGUUUUGCAAGUAUGCAAAGUAUGGGGAAUAAUUGGCAGUAAAAGUCAUGAGCUGAAUAAUGUAGAGAGGCUGAAUAAUGUAGAGUGGCACUUUUUAAAACAAAAAAUAAGUUAAAGCCAUGCAAAAUUUACACCCCCUCCCUUCGUUUCCGCCAAUUGUUAUUCUGUAUUAAAUUGUUCAAAAGUGUGAUGAGGAUAAGGAGCUACAGCUGUGACCAAAAUUCAGUCCUGAGGGCAACUGUUAUGCUGUUUAUGCAGACCUGUUUUCAUCCUCUUGGAUAACCUCACAGGCACUAGUGUUUUUCUCUCCACAGCACCUGGGUGGUAGGGAAGCCAGAGAAUAACAGCACAGAGGGAGAGAAUGUUGUCCCCCCUUCUCAUGCUGGUUCACCGAGUGUCCUUUGUCAUCUUCCUCACUCCACAGGCUGCUCAAAUCCACAGAGGCUCUCCAAGAGUGCCGGGGGAGCCGACCUUUUCCUUGUGCCAGAGCAGAGUGAUUUGUAAUUGGAAGCUCCUCUCCUGAGGAGCCGUGUGAGUCAAAUGGUGGGAAGAAGGAUUAAUUAUAGAAGUUCCACAAAGCUAGCUCAUAGGGAUGUGACUUGCCCUCAUUUGAGGAGUAGCACAUGGUUACCUUUCACCACAAACAGAUGAGAAACAUGAUUAUCCCUCCCAAGCUACUGCUGUGACCUCCAGUGAGGAUGUUGUCUUUUCCAGAAAUACGUUCUUAAAUUGAGAUUGUGCAGCAUAUGCCAGAAUAUCCUCCUGGCAGUCAGUGACAUAGGUUUGCCCGCAGCUGUCAGAGCAAGCUUUAACAUGGUUUGCAGUGCUGGAUAGAUGCGAUAUAACACACCUGUGACUGAACUCUUGGAGGGGGAACAGAGCUGUGGGUACAAAGCUGCCUACCUCACUUGCACAACAGGAAAGCUUGACAGACAGACACUUUUCAGACCCUGCAGAAUUAAACAAUUCUCUGCCAUCACCUCAGAGUUACAGUAUAGGCCCUGCUUCUAGAUGGUGAGGUGCCAGCAUCCAUCCAAAGUCCCUCUGAAACUGGCAGAAAUCUAUAUAGCUUGCAGGAUUCUGUCAUUUUGGUGUCCCAUUAAACAACACCCGUGUGUAAAACUGGAGUGUUAGAUUAACCGUUCUGUGUACAGUGAACGAUCUUUCAUAUCUCCGUCAUGAUGACAAAAGCCUUUUAUCUUAAUGCGUAAUUUAGUUUAAAGAACUGAAGUUCAUUUUUAUUUACUAAGACACUUGACCCAAAGUUAGUAACAGGUUGUAUCUUGGUGGGCGAAAUGUGCUGUGGUCAGUGUUUUCAUAUAUUCAUUCUCAAAGCUUGGGAGAGGAUUUUUUUUCGUUGUCUUGUUGUUUUUUUUAACCAUUUCUCCUGACAGUAAGAGUUCAGCAAUAAGGGGAAAUACGUUUUUAGCACAAGAGCAAUAAAAUCCUCCAUGUUGCGGGUACUAUAAACUGCUGAGUAAACUCAGAGCAAUAGAGAGGAAGCAAUAUCUUCUUUAGACAAAAAAUAGUAUCUUGCAUAAGGACUUUAAGUAAGCAAAAGUCUUCCUUUGUUAAGCAGUUGCUAUCAGACUGAUGUGGGACAUUAUUUCUGGUUGGUUUGUGUUACAGUUACUGAGUUCCUGAAUAGAAUUACUCAGCAAUAACCUUUUACCUUAGUUCUUGGAUCCUGAAUCCAUGCUAUUUGCAAGAAGGAAUUAUGUACUGCAGUGGGGAUUUUUAUUAUUUUCAUUGUUUGGCAUUUAGUUGUACAGCAUUCUAUGGAUAAAUUCAUUUCGUUCAGGGACUCUGAUUGUAACUUAAUACUGAGAAUACUCUUACCAUACAAAAACUGAGAAUACCUGAAUGAUGUGAUGCCUGACAAGAUGGAUAUGAUAAAUGAUGCUAGCCCACUCUGAAGGCAGCUUGGCUUUUAAAAGAACAAAGUAUGGUAUCAUUGAAGAAAACCCUUACCAACACCCAGGGUAUUUGGAAGCAAGCUGAAAGGCCUGCUAUGGCUGCUAUAUCUUCCUACCAUGGACAGUCAGUGACAUAAGGCACUGUGUCCAUCCUUCAUGUUCAGGGGUCAGCCUUGAGGCUUCUUGGAGUUGCUAAAAUCCCUCCAUGGACAGCAGCCUUUGUCUUAGGCCAGCAGCCUUUCCAUCCCCAAAGAGUUAUUUUUCUAUUGCCUCAUUUUCUUAGGCAUUGUUUAGCUUCUAAAAAUAAAAUACUUGUGAAAACAGUUUGAUAAUUUCGGUGGUAAACUUGGGAAAAACAAAUUUUUCACAUGCUUACCGUAUUGGACACUUAGUGUAUUGCAUGUUAGUGAGAAGCCCUAUAACUUGACUUGCAAGUUACAAGUGUGAGGCAGCAGGGCUACUCAAAAGCAUGUGAAAUUUGGUGAUUAGCCAAUAAAAAGGCCAGUGCAGAUGACAGCGCAUUACUGCAAUUUGGGAAACAUAAUUUUAAAUGGUAUUUAAAUUUGCUGAUUAUUUUUUUUCCUGGUUUUUGAAUGCCAUUAUAUAAAGCGGUGGUUUACUCUCUCUUUCAAUGACACAUUUAGUUUGGCUUAGUGGUAGUCCAGAGAUGUGCAGUGGAGAAAAAAAUAAGAUCUCUCAAUCUCUGCUUAUAGAGAGGGGACUAAAAGGAAGUGGUGUGAUUUAUAUGUCAUGAAUAAGCAAUAGUACAGGAAAGAUAGAUUAAUCAUGCAUAUCUCCCCCAUCUGUCAGUAAAAGAACAAUGAGACUCCCAGUAAACUUGAACGGUCUCAUAUCUGGAAAUACUUUUUGGUACAAAAGGAAAUUACUCCUUAAAACUGGGUGCUGCUGGCUUCUUCAGACGAAGAAUUUGCAGUUCCUUUUAAUGUAUCAGAAAUCUGGAUGAAUUGCAAGGAUAUCUGCUUUCGUACUAGAUGGGUGCUGAAAGAUGAGAGGAUGGAAGUCUUCAUGGCUUGGUGAAUCAGCCAGGUAAUGCAGUGGUUGAGGUUGGACAGGAAGGAUGCUUGGAUAAAGUUUGCCUUUGAGAAAGUUAUUUUGAAUUGUCCAUUUGGAACCUUACUGGAUGUCCACGGAGCACCUGAGAGGGGCUCUGGGGGAAAUGAAGUACAGCAGUCCCUGUGAGUUUCAGGCGGGCAGUAUCGCUGUUCCUGUUGAAUGGUGCCUGGAGAACAGAAAGGAGGAAAUAAUGGUCAGCAGUGAGGUCCUUCUCCCUUGAAAACGUGACCUCGUGUUUUAUUCAGAUUAUAACUUGUCUUGUUAGCACAGUCUUACAUGGCUCCACCUGAAAUCAGAAGCAGUUUUUUUGUGGAAAAA